AGAAGACGACGACAUAAAUGCUCUUUCAUAAUUGAGGAAUGGCUUCUCCUACAACUCAGCCACGUUCCAGUGCCAGAGCUCCUGAAAAGGGAAGUUUUCCGUUAGACCACCAACAUAUUUGUAAAGAGUUUGCAGAAAAGUUUCGUACUUGUUUAGAAGAAAACAACUAUGUCACUGCAAAGUGUCGUUCUUUGUCAAAACUCUAUUUGCAGUGUAGAAUGCAGAAUGGGCUCAUGACACCGGAAAGUUGGGAGCGCUUGGGUUUUUACGAAGAUGACGAACAACGUAUCCCCAGCAACUUGAACUUGGGUCCAGAGAGUCACCAAGCUUCAGGUUAUGUUGCAGGAUUGAGGUAUCGAAAGAAAAGAAGGGAAAUGCGUCAACAGGAUAAUCAAGAAGAUAGCUAGAAACUAGCUUAGGUUUUGUACAAGUAGUGUAUAGGAAUCGUGUUCACGCUGCGCAAAACUAUUGCAAUAAAAAAAGUUACUUUAGCGUUGAUAGUUUGCGUGAUUCGAUGGGCUAUCAAAUAGUUAUCUACUACUUGUUUCAAAAAAAAAAA